AUUCAUCACUUAACCUAAACCAAAUAGAGAGACAACAAAAUGGAAGCAUUGUUAGCAAUCCAAGGAAAAGAUUUUGUACUUACUGCAUCUUCUGGUUCAGCAGUACGAGGAAUCACUGUUUUAAAGUCUGGGGAUGACAAGAGUGAACAGUUGAAUAGUCAUAAUUUGAUGUUAUACUGUGGUGAAGCCGGAGACACUUCGAACUUUGCAGAGUAUAUUUCAGCAAAUAUUAAUUUAUAUACUUUACGAAAUAAUUUAAUUUUGAGUCCUGAAGCCACAGCAUCUUUCACUAGAAAACAACUCGCUACUUCUCUUCGUUCGCGUAAGCCAUACAUGGUAAACGUUUUACUAGCUGGAUACAGUACUGAAAAAGAAGACCCUCAACUCUAUUGGAUUGACUAUUUGGCUACUUGCGUUCGUGUUCCCUAUGCAUGUCAGGGAUACAGUUCUUUCUAUUGUUUGUCUCUGUUUGACCGUUAUUACAAGCCAGAUCUCUCGCUUGAUGAUGCCAUUCACAUUAUGAAGUUAUGUUUUGAUGAGCUUAAAAAACGUAUGCCUAUUGACUAUAAGGGAUUUAUCUGUAAAGUUGUUGACAAGGAUGGUAUUCGUGAAGUCUCCUUUUAAAAUAAAAAGCCUCUACAUGCUAGAAUGAAUUACCAUUUACGACCCUCAUAUAUAUCAAAUGUAUAAAGCUUUGCGUUGGUCCAAUCCUUUUUUUUCCACGUUAUGUCUAGAUUCCUAGCUGCAUUCUCCGUUCUUUUACUAUUCCAUUUCCGACUAUCACAUGAUUUUUCCUUUGUGUAUUUUGUAUUACCAAGUGUGCACAAUGUUCUUCAAUACUUGAUUACUUUAUUUUUAAAAGGUAACCCUAUUUUAUGCUUAUUGCGAUAAACCAACCGCGUAGAGUGCGUUUGUAGAGUGUUUAAAGGAGUAAAUGACUAGCUACUGAAAUGAAUCUACAUAGGAUGGUGUCUGAUAUAGGCAUCUGUUUACAAAAAGAAUGCAGUGUAUGGUAGAUUACAAUACCAACCAUUUGCAUAGAACGGUGGAUAGUAUUUAUAUCAAACAUUAACUGUAUUCAAUGGGGAAUAGAAGGGGGAUGUUAAAG